AGAGAGGUAUGGGGAGGGGAAAGAUUGAGAUUAAGAGGAUUGAUAACAUAAGUAGCAGGCAAGUGACUUUCUCGAAAAGAAAGACUGGAUUGUUGAAGAAAGCGAAGGAGUUGGCGAUCCUUUGCGAUGCCGAAGUUGCGCUCCUCAUCUUCUCUAGUACUGGGAAGCUCCAUGAAUAUGCUAGCUCAAGCAUGGACACCGUAGUUGAACGAUAUGACAAAGUGAUCAACGAGGGACAUGAUCAACUGCUGGAUCCUACUUCAAAAGUUAAGUUUUGGCAACAAGAAGCAGCUCGGUUGAGGCAACAACUACUAUACUUGCAGCAAAGCCACAGGCAGCUAUUAGGAGAAGAACUUGCUAGCUUGAAUGCAGAAGAUCUGCAAAAGCUGGAAACCCAACUGGAAAUUACUCUAAAAAAGGUUCGGAUGAAUAAGGAACAAGUUUUGACGGAUGAAAUUAAAGAAUUGAACCAGAAGCGGAGUCUUAUUGAUCAAGAAAAUAAAAAACUGCAUGAGAAAAUAACCCUCCUGCACCAAGAGACCGCAGAAUUGCAGAAGAAGAUUUAUGCAUUGCGGAGCAUGGAUGAAUCAAAUAAGAAUUCCUCCCCUUAUUCCUUCAGCAUUGAUGAGGCACCCAUCAGUCUCCAGCUAAGCCAGCCACAACCCCAGGAGAAUGACAUAUCAGCUCAAGCCAUGAAACUAAGGUUAUAA